GCUGGAGCUUGAGCCGCGCGGGGCGCAGGAGCGAGCGCAGCCUCGUGCCCGACGCCCGUCCCCGCCGCCCGCAGUCUUGUCCCCGCCGCCUCUGCCGCCGCCGCCCCCGGGGCAUGGCCUGUCUGAUGGCCGCUUUCUCGGUCGGCACCGCCAUGAACGCCAGCAGUUACUCUGCAGCGAUGACGGAGCCCAAGUCGGUGUGCGUCUCAGUGGAUGAGGUGGUCUCCAGCAACAUGGAGGCCACCGAGACGGACCUGCUGAAUGGGCAUCUGAAGAAGGUGGACAACAACCUCACGGAAGCCCAGCGCUUUUCCUCCUUGCCUCGGAGGGCGGCUGUGAACAUCGAAUUCAAGGACCUCUCCUACUCGGUCCCAGAGGGCCCCUGGUGGAAGAAGAAAGGAUACAAGACUCUUCUGAAAGGAAUUUCUGGGAAGUUCAACAGUGGGGAGCUGGUGGCCAUCAUGGGUCCUUCCGGGGCUGGGAAGUCCACGCUCAUGAACAUUCUGGCCGGAUACAGGGAGACCGGCAUGAAGGGGGCGGUUCUCAUCAACGGCCUGCCCCGGGACCUGCGCUGCUUCCGGAAGGUGUCCUGCUACAUCAUGCAGGACGACAUGCUGCUGCCCCACCUCACCGUGCAGGAGGCCAUGAUGGUGUCUGCACAUCUGAAGCUCCAGGAGAAGGAUGAAGGCAGAAGGGAGAUGGUCAAGGAGAUCCUGACGGCUCUGGGCUUGCUGUCUUGCGCCAACACGCGGACUGGAAGCCUCUCGGGCGGCCAGCGGAAGCGCCUGGCCAUCGCACUGGAGCUGGUGAACAACCCCCCUGUCAUGUUCUUCGAUGAGCCCACCAGCGGCCUGGACAGCGCCUCCUGCUUCCAGGUGGUCUCCCUGAUGAAAGGACUGGCUCAAGGGGGAAGGUCCAUCAUCUGCACCAUCCACCAGCCCAGCGCCAAGCUCUUCGAGCUGUUCGACCAGCUUUAUGUCCUUAGUCAAGGACAAUGUGUGUACCGGGGAAAAGUCUCAAAUCUUGUACCAUAUUUGAGAGAUUUAGGUCUGAACUGCCCAACCUACCACAACCCAGCUGAUUUUGUGAUGGAGGUGGCGUCUGGUGAAUAUGGCGAUCAGAACAGCCGCCUGGUGAGAGCCGUCCGGGAGGGCAUGUGCGACUCUGACUACAGGAGGGAGCCCGGGGGCGAUGCCGAGGUGACCCCUUUUCUUUGGCACCGUCCCUCUGAAGAGGUAAAGCAGGCAAAACGAUUGAAGGGGUUGAGAAAGGACUCCGCUUCCAUGGAAGGCUGUCACAGCUUCUCGGCCAGCUGCCUCACGCAGUUCUGCAUCCUCUUCAAAAGGACUUUCCUCAGCAUCAUGAGGGACUCGGUCCUGACGCACCUGCGGAUCACUUCCCACAUUGGGAUCGGCCUCCUCAUUGGCCUGCUCUACUUGGGGAUAGGGAAUGAAGCCAAGAAGGUCUUGAGCAACUCCGGCUUCCUCUUCUUCUCCAUGUUGUUCCUCAUGUUCGCGGCCCUCAUGCCCACCGUCCUCACGUUUCCCCUGGAGAUGGGAGUGUUUCUUCGAGAACACCUGAAUUACUGGUACAGCCUGAAGGCUUACUACCUGGCCAAAACCAUGGCCGACGUCCCCUUCCAGAUCAUGUUCCCCGUGGCGUACUGCAGCAUCGUGUAUUGGAUGACAUCGCAGCCGUCCGACGCCGUGCGGUUCGUCCUGUUUGCCGCGCUGGGCACCAUGACCUCGCUGGUGGCGCAGUCCCUGGGCCUGCUGAUCGGAGCUGCCUCCACGUCCCUGCAGGUGGCAACGUUCGUGGGCCCCGUGACGGCCAUCCCCGUCCUCCUCUUCUCGGGAUUCUUCGUCAGCUUCGACACCAUCCCGACUUAUCUGCAAUGGAUGUCCUAUAUCUCCUAUGUCAGGUACGGCUUUGAAGGCGUCAUCCUCUCCAUCUAUGGCCUCGACCGAGAGGAUCUGCACUGCGACAUCGACGAGACGUGCCACUUCCAGAAGUCGGAGGCCAUCCUGAGAGAACUGGAUGUGGAGAAUGCCAAACUGUACCUGGACUUCAUCGUCCUGGGGGUUUUCUUCAUCUCCCUCCGCCUCAUCGCCUACUUUGUCCUGAGGUACAAAAUCCGGGCGGAGAGGUAAAGCAGUGGAAUGCCAGCAGAGAGGAAAACGAGACACUGUGGCCCAGGGCCACGUCUAGGAUCGUGGAGGCAAGCCUGUGCCACGGACACAGAGACCACGGUGACGCAACCCCUAGAAGCCACGUUUGGUUUCACGGGGGUCACGCAUUCGACUUCUCUGCCCAGCUGGGUUGGGUCUUCUGUCCAUUACCCUUUCUAGCUUUCACUAGGAAGAUGUAGGAAGGUUUGUUUUUUUUUUUUUUUACGUGAAGAAUUUUAAAAUACUGCAAGUAGGGCAGAAUUUAAAACUGCAACAAAGCUGGUGACAAGAGGCUCUCUCAGUCUGUUCCUUCUGGUGACGCUGGUCCUGGAUGGAGCAUUCCAGCAGCUUCUCAGCUGAUCACUGUGCAGUUAGGCGUCGGGGCAGAAAGGCGAGGCGCAGCGUGAGUCCAUUUUAUGACUAUUGUUUUCCUAAUUUCAUCUUUCUACCGUUUGCCUCUUUUUCCAAGCCAGAUGUCGAUAGAUUUCAUUUGUUUUAAGAAACUGUAUCUUUUUAGUACUUGUUGAAGAAAAUUAUUCAGGGUAAAUAACAUGCUUUGUUUAGAGAUACGAGGAGUCUAACUGAAGCGCGGAGCUGGUCUCAUUUGGGGACAGGACCUGCGUGAGACGCAGAUGCAGGCGCCGGGUGGAAGGAAGACUUUGGAACUGUAUGGGCUCUGUUGUGCCGAAAUUUUAAAAAGUUACACAAAAACAUUGUAAGGUGUAAUCGGCCAAGUCUUUCAAAGUCUUUUAUUUUCCCCAUACUUCAUAUUUUAAGCAAAAUAUAUUGUUUCUUUUUUCCUAA